GGCAGCACAGAGAUUAAACUUACAGUCCUCAAGGAAGAAGAAAAAGCACCAUACUCUUGAUAAGUCUGCUUAUACAGCUUUAUAUCGAAGGAACUUCAGCGACGUCCUUCUGGCUACUCCACCACCACUUCCUCCUGGAUAUCUCAAAAUAUCCAGCAGGCGAGAGAGUCCUGGACUAGGAAAAGUCAAGGUCAUGCUACGGAUCAGUAAUGCAGGUGGCGCUGCAAGCUGUUUAACAGUUGACUCCAGAAAGAAGCAAGUCGCUGUCUAUGAUUCUUCUGCCCAUUCAACACAAAGUGCAACAUCUUCUUCUGCCACCAAGCAAGCAGGCGUCAAUGCCCCUAAAAUGUUUGCUUUCGAUGCUGUGUUUACUCCAGAAAACAGUCAGACAGAGGUUUGUACUACUACUUUGAUGGAUGUGCUGCACGCUGUUGUUAGCGGUACGGACGGAUGUGUGUUCUCGUAUGGCUACCCUGGACUCGGUAAAACGACGACAAUGCUUGGCCAGACCGAAGGUUCUCAAGAAAUAGGAGUUAUUCCCUGUGCAAUCAGCUGGCUAUUCCAGCUUAUCAGUGACCAGAAGGAUAAAUCAGGGUCUCGGUUUUCUGUGCGUGUGUCGGCUGUAGAAGUAGCAGGAAAAGAACAGACAAUGAAAGAUUUGUUGGCAACAUUCGCUUCAGGUUCUGAAGGCGGUGGAACUUCUCCUGGUAUGUUUUUACAAGACGAAAUUCUAUUGGGUGCUCAGCUAGCCAAUAUAUGUGAACUACGAGCUCCGACCAUACAGAAAGCUCUUUUUUUCCUCGAUGCGGCUCUUAAGGCUCGAAACGUACCCGUUGCUGGAGGCCGAAGUCGUCUUUAUUUCUUCGACUUUGGAAGUUGUGAAAAACAAGUCAAAUCACGAGAGGUCGCAACAAGGCAGCCUUUGUCGCUGUCGGGCUUAGGAAGUGUUCUUCUUGCUCUUUUCAACGGCCAGAAACACGUGCCUUACAG